CUCCCGCCUCCCCGCCUCGGAGAAGAGGCUCUAUCCGGGGCCUUGGCGCUUCUCUUUCCUUUCGCGCCGGUUGCCGCUGCGGAGCGCGGCGGGUCCAUGUGCGCAGCGAGCGGCGCUACUCGCGGCCCAGCACGACCCCGAGCGCUCCCCCUACCCCCGGCUCGCCGGCCAUGGACCCCAACACGAUCAUCGAGGCCCUGCGGGGCACCAUGGACCCAGCCCUUCGGGAGGCCGCCGAGCGCCAGCUCAAUGAGGCCCACAAGUCCGUGAACUUUGUUUCAACUCUGCUACAAAUUACCAUGUCCGAGCAGCUGGAUUUACCAGUGAGACAGGCAGGUGUUAUCUAUUUGAAAAAUAUGAUAACUCAGUAUUGGCCUGAUAGGGACACCACACCAGGGGAAAUACCUCCUUAUACAAUUCCUGAGGAAGAUCGACAUUGUAUCCGUGAAAAUAUUGUUGAAGCUAUUAUUCACUCUCCUGAACUUAUCAGGGUACAGCUUACUACGUGCAUUCAUCACAUAAUCAAACAUGAUUACCCAAGUCGCUGGACUGCAGUUGUGGACAAGAUUGGUUUUUAUCUCCAAUCUGAUAACAGUGCUUGCUGGCUUGGAAUCCUUCUUUGCCUUUAUCAGCUGGUGAAAAACUAUGAGUACAAGAAGCCAGAGGAACGGAGUCCAUUGGUAGCAGCAAUGCAGCAUUUCCUCCCAGUUUUGAAGGAUCGUUUUAUUCAACUUCUUCCUGAUCAGUCUGAUCAAUCAGUCCUCAUUCAAAAACAGAUAUUCAAGAUCUUCUAUGCCCUUGUUCAGUAUACUCUUCCACUGGAGCUGAUAAAUCAAGCGAAUUUGACUGAAUGGAUAGAAAUUCUAAAGACAGUUGUAAACAGGGAUGUGCCACCUGAAACCCUUCAAGUUGAAGAGGAUGAUCGGCCAGAAUUACCAUGGUGGAAAUGCAAGAAGUGGGCUUUACAUAUCUUGGCAAGGCUUUUUGAAAGGUAUGGAAGUCCUGGCAAUGUUUCCAAGGAGUAUAAUGAAUUUGCUGAAGUCUUCCUAAAAGCAUUUGCAGUUGGUGUCCAGCAGGUAUUGUUAAAGGUGCUGUAUCAAUACAAAGAAAAACAAUAUAUGGCUCCUCGAGUUCUACAGCAGACACUGAACUAUAUCAAUCAAGGAGUGUCCCAUGCUGUCACAUGGAAGAACCUGAAACCUCAUAUACAAGGCAUUAUCCAAGAUGUUAUUUUUCCAUUGAUGUGCUAUACAGAUGCUGAUGAGGAGCUCUGGCAAGAAGAUCCUUAUGAAUAUAUACGCAUGAAGUUUGAUGUGUUUGAGGACUUCAUUUCUCCAACUACUGCUGCCCAGACCCUCUUAUUUACAGCCUGUAGUAAGAGAAAAGAGGUCUUACAGAAGACAAUGGGAUUUUGCUAUCAGAUUCUUACAGAGCCAAAUGCUGAUCCUCGGAAAAAAGAUGGUGCUCUGCAUAUGAUCGGUUCUUUGGCUGAAAUCCUGCUAAAGAAAAAGAUCUACAAAGAUCAGAUGGAGUACAUGUUGCAGAAUCAUGUGUUCCCUCUUUUCAGCAGUGAACUAGGCUACAUGAGAGCAAGGGCUUGCUGGGUGCUUCAUUAUUUCUGUGAAGUGAAGUUUAAGAGUGACCAGAACCUGCAGACAGCCUUGGAACUGACAAGACGCUGUCUAAUUGAUGAUAGAGAGAUGCCUGUGAAAGUAGAAGCUGCUAUUGCCCUUCAAGUUCUGAUUAGCAAUCAGGAAAAAGCAAAGGAAUAUAUUACACCAUUCAUUAGACCUGUCAUGCAGGCUCUUCUUCAUAUCAUAAGAGAAACAGAAAAUGACGAUCUUACCAAUGUGAUUCAGAAAAUGAUUUGCGAAUAUAGUGAAGAGGUUACUCCUAUUGCUGUUGAAAUGACACAACAUUUGGCCAUGACAUUUAACCAGGUAAUCCAGACUGGGCCAGAUGAAGAAGGAAGUGAUGAUAAAGCAGUAACAGCCAUGGGAAUCUUAAAUACAAUCGAUACACUUCUUAGUGUGGUGGAAGAUCAUAAAGAGAUAACACAACAGCUAGAAGGCAUUUGUUUGCAGGUCAUUGGUACUGUUUUGCAACAGCAUGUUUUAGAGUUCUAUGAGGAAAUCUUUUCUUUAGCUCACAGUUUGACCUGUCAGCAAGUCUCUCCACAAAUGUGGCAGCUUUUGCCUCUUGUAUUUGAAGUCUUUCAGCAGGAUGGAUUUGAUUACUUUACAGAUAUGAUGCCUCUUCUUCAUAAUUAUGUAACUGUGGACACAGAUACACUUUUGUCAGACACCAAAUAUCUUGAAAUGAUAUACAGCAUGUGCAAAAAGGUCUUGACAGGAGUAGCAGGAGAAGACGCAGAAUGUCAUGCAGCCAAAUUGUUGGAAGUGAUCAUUCUACAAUGCAAAGGCCGUGGCAUUGAUCAGUGUAUUCCCUUGUUUGUGGAAGCUGCACUGGAGAGACUCACCAGAGAGGUCAAAACAAGUGAGCUCCGAACAAUGUGUCUUCAGGUGGCCAUUGCAGCUCUGUAUUACAAUCCUCAUCUGCUCCUCAACACUUUAGAAAACCUUCGGUUCCCUAACAAUGUUGAACCAGUCACAAAUCACUUUAUUACACAGUGGCUUAAUGAUGUUGAUUGUUUCUUGGGGCUUCACGAUAGAAAGAUGUGUGUUCUAGGCUUGUGUGCUCUUAUUGACUUGGAACAGAUACCGCAAGUUUUAAAUCAGGUUUCGGGACAAAUUCUUCCAGCUUUUAUCCUUUUAUUUAAUGGGUUAAAAAGAGCAUAUGCUUGUCAUGCAGAGCAUGAAAAUGAUAGUGAUGAAGAUGAUGAAGCUGAUGAUGAUGAAGAAACAGAAGAGCUUGGAAGUGAUGAAGAUGAUAUUGAUGAGGAUGGGCAAGAAUAUUUAGAGAUUCUAGCUAAGCAGGCAGGAGAAGAUGGAGACGAUGAAGAGUGGGAAGAAGAUGAUGCAGAAGAAACUGCCCUGGAAGGCUAUUCCACAAUCAUUGAUGAUGAAGAGAACCCUGUUGACGAGUAUCAGAUAUUUAAAGCUAUAUUUCAGACUAUUCAGAGUCGUAAUCCUGUGUGGUACCAAGCUCUGACUCAUGGUCUUAAUGAAGAACAAAGAAAACAGUUACAAGACAUAGCAACUCUGGCAGACCAGAGACGAGCAGCCCACGAAUCCAAAAUGAUUGAGAAACAUGGAGGAUACAAAUUCAACGCUCCAGUUGUGCCAAGUUCAUUCAAUUUUGGAGGUCCAGCCCCUGGGAUGAAUUGAAUUAUCCCUUUCUUUCCUGCUACCGUGUGAUUGUAGUAAAGAGCUUGUGUUCCUCCCAGUAGUGGUUCCAGAACUGGUUUGUGUUCUCUACAGCUCACUCUAAACUAAUUGAUCAAUAGAUUGGACAGAAACCCCAGGAAGUGGGACCUGAUCAUGCAACCUGGCACUGGAAAGUAAACCAGAGGGGUCUUGGGCAGGGUGGGGGGAGGGUGGGGCGGUUUUUGUUUUGUUUGGGGGUGGGAGGGUUGUUUUCAUUUUUUUUUUUGGAAGAAAAGAAGAACCUGACUUUGGAGCUUCAAAUGACACACUGUGGAGAUCUGCAAACAAACGAGGGGAUGUCAUAAGGCAGCUUUUCUUUUUCUGAGGAAAAAAUAGGCAUGGGCUGCAGGACUAUUUAAAAUGUCUCAUUUACAGUACAAGCUCAAAGGUAGAUGUAAUUUUUACACUUAUGAAUAUUUUGCCCAGUUUCCUUCCCUUUCCCAUCCCCUCUCCCAUUGGGUCUUUAUUCUUUUAAUGUAAAUAAGGUAAUCUGAUAGCCUUACUUAAUCUUCAUCAUUUCCAUUUAUCAAAGAUUGUUCCUAUAUAGAUUAUUGGACACUUAUUGUAGCACUACAUAACUGAUACAAAUCUGUAAAUGAAUUAGCACUUUCAUAUUGAAACAAGCCUGCUAGCCUAUGUAUAAAAUAGCAAAAUGUUUGCUGUUUAUAAAAAGAAGGGAUGUAAUGGGGAGGGGGGCUGGGGUACUUUCAAGUUAUUAAUUUAAAAAUGAACUAGCAGUUUUGUACCUGGUGACUGUGGUGCACUCACCUCUGACAGUGACUUGAAUUCGGUAUGUAAAAAGGGGUUAGUGGAUACUUCAUUGCUGCUAAAAAAAAAUGGCAACACCCUCUGUGUCCUUUGUUUUUUCUUAAGGCUCUCAAUGUACAAGUGGAAAUUUGGGUAUAAGACCUUAAUGUAAAAAUGAGAAAGGUUAUCUUCUCUGAAGCAUGUAAAUUGGACCUAAGUUCUGCUCUUAAAGAGUUGAUUGAAGUGUGUGGAUGAACAUCUAUAUAUGCAAUCUAUUAAAAGAACUUAAUUCGGCUGAUAAUGGCUUGAUCUGAUGCGGUUUUUUCCUAUUUUUUUUUUAAACUUCUGUUAGAAUGACUUACUUUUCCCCCUGCACCUGCUUAUAGUGCUAAGUGCUAGAUUUCCUUUUGAUUUUGCAUUUAAACUACCACACGUGUCUCUGUGCCUAUCACAGUAUCGAUAUCUUUUAAAUCAGUCAGUAGGCACAGCUCUCUCUGGGACCACUAUUGAUACCACUCCCAAAACAAGCCAGCAGCAAGAUGGUGCAUAGAGGUUGCUUUGCCAUCCCUCAACCUAUUGACACCUCUAAAAGAAAUCCUUAGUUUCUUAUCUUGCAUUGAUCAUUGAUCUUCAAUAUUUGUCUAGUUAGUCAUUGUUGAUUUGGGUUGGUUUUAUAUAUUAUAUAUACACACACAUAUUAACAUGUAUCAAAGUGUUGUGUUAUUGAAUUCUAAGCUAUUUUAAUUUAAAUGCUGUUGGGUCUCAAACAGGCUAGAGAAUUGAUUACAUCUGUAAAAAUGAAACCUGCACAUAUUGAAACUCAAAAUGCAAAACUUCAGAAAAAUGGUUUGUCUUUGUGUGUUUCUUGUAUGUUAAUAAUUAAGUCUGCUUUUUGAAAUGUGUGGUUUUCUUGAAGGACAAGCAGUUAAAACGUUUAUCCCCAUACCUACCUUAUCAGAAGGCAUCCCUAAGCAAGUUGCAUUGCUUACAUUUGACCAUUUGACCUUCUCAUUCUGUGCCCUGGGUAUAAGACUCAGCUGGCCAUUUGAAUAUCAGUAUAGUUGAUACUGACUUAUAUGUUUCUCUUAAUGUUGAGAUCAAGUGUGUCACUAUGCCACAGCCUUUAUUUCUUAUCAAUUUGUAUAGUUAGUUAUCCUCAUGUGAAUCUGAUAGCAUCAUCCAGGUGCUUGAAUCUGUCAUGAACCUAUUAAUAGUUUAAAAAAAAAUAAAACCUGAAACAGUUAUAUGUUUUUGGUGUUACAUAUAGGAGUGGAAAUACUUGAAUGGGGUUGUAGAAAAGCCACCUAUUGCCACCUCUUUUUCCCAUCCCUCUAGGUUCCUCCUCUCAAUUCCAAAUAAUCUAUUUUUGGCUACCUGUUUUAGACUUCAUUAUUAAAUAAAUUGAUAAGAUUAAUUUUCACAUUACUAAUCUGUCAUUGGAAAAGUCCAUCUCUAAUAAAGGUUUAUUAUUUUCAUGUCAUAGUAUUAAAGUUCUCUUUUACUAAGGUACUUAACUUGAAGAAAUAAAUGGUUGGUGUUUAAGAUGUUGGGAAGCAAAGUUGAGGCUUAUUGUUAAAUUCAGGAUAGUUUUUCAACAUUGAACUUAAAAUAAAAUGGAAUCCUCUUCAAUGGGGUUGUUUAGGAAGUAAAUAGGAAGAGACCUCAUUUGGCAUAUUUACUAAGACUUUAUUUAUUGUAAAAUAGUGAUGACCUCUAUUAUCUUACUAAGUGACAUACUUAUUAACUUCAAGGAAAACUUCAUUCUUAAGUAUAACUAAUUAUCACUAGUUUAUAUACCUUAUAUCCAUUUUGCCAUAUUUUUAAAAGUUUGAUCUUGUUUCUUAAAAUUUUAACUACAAAUAGGUGGAAUAACAGUUUUAUUGUUAUUUCCUUUUUUGGGUUUUUUUUUUUUAAUGGAUGUACUAAAAAUGUAGAGGCUUGACAUUUUUAUCUUGGAUGGUAUUAAAUGUUCAGGCGAAAAUACUACUCAUACAUCUUUGGGAGCAAAAGUCAUCCAUUUUGUAGAAAUGUAUAUUCCUAGUACUAAAUAAAAGAAAUAAAUUUGUUUCUCUACAGGUUAUAUAUAAAAUGUUGGCUGCUAAUCUCCACAAGUUAUCAAGAUGGUGGCUUCUUUGCUCACCUCAUGAAGACCAGAACUCUAGAGCAAUGGUGGCCAACUGUAGGCCUAGGCAUGGCUCUUUGGCGCUUCAUGUGCUGGCCACCCAUUGGAGCAAGCAUGAAGAAAAGGCAUUGGCAAUUGUAUUUAAUAUUGAGGGUAAAAGAAAUAAUCAUGUUCUCAGGAAGAUACGGAAAAAUGAAUUAUGUAAACUUUUGUUGGUCUGUUCACUUAAUUAGAUAUUAAAAGUUUGGAGAAAAAAAA